CGCGACUGAAGGCGAACGGGACGCAUUAACAACAUCGCAUCUGGCUUGCUGGUAAUCGAGAUUCAUACCAUCAUUCCUCGAGAGAAGGUCACGGAGCAAUUGGGAAGGCAAAAGGACUAAAGAGCUCAGACUCUAGACACCGACGUCACAAACACCAUGCACACCUACCUACCAACCUGGCUCGCGCUCUCAACGGCAGCAAUCCUACCCACAGCGACAGCAUUCUACCCUUACCACUAUACCUCCGGCAAGACAGCCUCCACUUCAACGCACUCGCACCGAACCUCCCCACAACCACCGUCCUCUCAAGCAGGCACCACGCGCUCUGUAACGCUCCCGCUCCGUCGCAUACGCACACCUUCUCUACGUUCCCGCCAAAACGUCUACAACAUUGUCAACUCGAACAACCCUAGCCAGAAAAACAGUGUAGCUAUAGACCAAGAUGGUGGUGAUCUCAGCUACAUGGUCGCCGUAACGUUCGGCGAUAGCACGGAUGAAUACCAUCUGCUGCUGGAUUCAGCAGCGAGUAACACCUGGGUUAUGAGCGAGGAGUGCGACAGCGAAGCGUGUAAGACGCAUGCGACUUUCGGGACGGCGGAUUCGAGUACGCUGAAAACCGACGCAACAACCCCCUUCAGCGUAACCUACGGCACAGGUUCCUCCUCGGGCCACCUCGCAACCGACGUACUCCACCUCGGCCCCUCCCUCUCCCCCACCCUCACAUUCGGCCUCGCAACAAACGUAUCCGAUGAAUUCCGCGCAUACCCCAUGGACGGCAUCCUCGGCAUCGGCCGCGGCGUCCAAGGCACAAGCAACGAUGACAUCGCCGCACCGCAGAUCAUGGACUUGCUCUCCAGUCAGGACCUCAUCGGCGCGAAACUCUAUGGUAUACAUUUGAGCCGGGGGGAGGAUGGCAAGUUGGAUGGAGAGUUGAAUUUGGGAGAAGUGAAUAAAGAGCGGUUUACCGGCGAGUUGAAUUACGUGGAGUGUGUGGACAAUGAGAGUGGGUUCUGGGAGAUACCGUUGCAAGAUGCUGGUGUAGAUGGGAAACCUGCUAACCUUACCACUGGAGCUGAGCGAACGGCGAUUAUGGAUACGGGCACAAGUUUCAUCCUUAUUCCUGAACCAGAUGCACUGGCUCUACAUUCCCAAAUCCAGGGGUUUGAACAGGACGGCGAGACGUUCUCCGUGCCCUGUGACACGAGCGCCGUCAUACAAUUCUCGUUCAACGAUCGUGUAUACAACAUCUCCACGGCGGAUUGGGUAGGAGAUAAGGAUGACGGAUCGGAGUUGUGCAGGAGUAAUAUCGUAGGCAGGAAGACGUUUGGCGACAAUCAGUGGUUGGUUGGUGACGUCUUUCUUAAGAACGUUUAUAGUGUUUUUGAUUUCGAGGGGAGUAGAGUGGGACUGGGGGUAUUGGGAGUGGAGCAGGAUGUUGUUGCUGAGAGUGAGGGGACUAGUGGUACAGCAUCGCCUUCAGCAUCUCGAACAGCGACUGGGACCGGAGGAGCGAGCGAGACUACACCGGGUGGUGGGCAGCCUCAGAAUCAGGAGGGUGCUGCUACGAAGUCGUCGACUUCGACGUCCUUCUUUGCGCUCGUUGGAGCAUUUGCAGCGCUUUCGAUUUUCAUGUAGCAUAUGGGAUUUGGGUACGGAUAGCAUUACUAGCACGGUGUUCAGGGACACGGCAUUAUUGGCCUGGCAUACACAGCCAGCAAUCUGGUCUUGGAGAGACACUAGGCGGACACAUCGUAGAUACAUACAUGCAUAUCUCCACGCAUCAUAAAGAUUU